UGAGUCGGAGAACCCACACAAUAUGUUGAGGUGACGGAUACGGAAUCGUCGGAGUGCGCGGCCUUUCAAAACUGAAACUGAAUCGAAAUUUCUUUUCGGUUUUUCGUUCGCAUUCUUCCCGUCUUUCGAGUGCCAAAAAAUUUGAUAAAACAAAAAUACAAAAAAGUGGAAUGAAAUAGAAAUUUUAGCGCACAGCUUGGAUUAUUUUUGGUGAUAGAAAACACCCAAGAGCUUAACUGCAAAAAGAAAAUAAAAAAAUAAUAUUUUAUAAAUCCAUUUUGGUUUACUUGUGUGACUUCGUUUAUUUACGCUGGCCAUGUGCAAAGAUUAAGUUGGCCGAAAUCAAAGAGUUCGAAGACGAUCGUUAAAUUCAACUGAUAAGGUGUCGUCUUAUCAAUUCUGUCUGUGUGUUUGUGGGAGUGUCGAUAGUGCAAAAAAUACAGGAAAAUAUAAUAAUUAAACCGCAAGAAAAAAGGCAAUUAGGUUCUGCCAGAAGCUGCGAAGUGGAAACAAAGCGCAAUAAGUUGGCAGGAAAUCAGCCAUUUGGAUCAUCGGAAUAUUCCAUUGAGACAACCAUGGAGGUGCAAGUGUAAUUGCCCCAAAUUCAAGAGGACCAAAACUUGUUUCCCAGGAAGUGAGCAAUUGACCAAGCAGCAAAAGGAUGGCCUCGCUGCACCAAAAGCGUCCCAGCAUCAGUAACUGGUUCUCCUCGCUGCGCCGGCAGCCCAAGAAUAAGAAGAGCUCCUCGGGCUUGGGGGGCAGUGGAAGCUUUGGCAGCAAGCAGCAGUUGCAGAGGAGCUGCUUUGACCUCUCCUCCGGCGAUGGUAUUGGUAGUGGUGCUGUAAAUGUGGGCGUGGGCGUGGGAUUCUCCACAAAGGGAUCGCCCGGAAGUCGUCUGAGCAGCAGCACCUUCUACAUCAACCCACGGAAUGCAUCCUCGCCAGGAGGCAAAGACGAUCGCCGUCGUCUGGUGGAAACGGGCAGCAGUAGUAGUGGUAGUAGCUUGAGCAGCGUUUGCACUCGCUGUUUUUGUAAUCUGCUCACCAAGAAUGAGGCCAGCAAGGAGGUCACACCCAAACCCACCCCCAAGAUCAGUCCAAAACCGCCUGUUAAACCCCGCUCCCCUUCGCUGGCACCCUACACCAGCGUGGCCACAUACAACAUCACCAAUCUAGCGCCUGAUAGCCCACCUCCUGCCAGCCCCACUUUGAGCACCGAAACCGUUAGCUGCAGCGAUGUGACCCGCAAGGUCACCGAGGUGCAACGACUGCCCUGCCCCGAUGAACCCAACAUGGCGAUACUCAGCAAGAGAACGGAGUACCAGCACACCACCACCACGACGACGACUAGGACCAUGGUUAUUUCGCGACCUGUGGAAAUCCUAUUGAAUGAGAAGGGACAGAUCAUCUCAAGACGAUCCCCGCGUAAGACACGGUCCAACUCUUUGGGUUGCAUGCUGGAUGUAGAUGUGGAUAGUGAAACGGAAAUGGGCUUGGGCUUGGGCAUGGGAAUGGAUGGCAUGGACAAUCCCGGAUUGCAACUGGAAACGGAUCCCAGUUCGGGACUGAGCUCACCGCUGACACCCGAUACCGGCGAUCUGCGCUUCAUCGACGACAGCUCCAAUUCCCCCAGUGAAUCCGAGCGAAACUCGAUCAGCAACAACAAUAAUAAUGUGAACCACAAUAACAACAACGACAGCAGCAGCAAACGGGGCAGCCAGCAAUCGAAUCUCUGCGAGAGUUGUCGCACACUCCUCGAGAGAAACCGCAGCAAUGCGGAGCAGAGUGGCAACCUGGUCAUCCUGAGGCGGCCGGGAAAGCAAAUCAAAGAUGAACUCAACGAAGUUGUCUCGGAAAUGGAGGCGCUCGAUGUGCCCGAAGACUGCAAGCAUUCCAAUAAGGACAAGCAGAUGUCCAUUGGCCGCAAAAAGUUCAAUAUGGAUCCGAAAAAAGGCAUUGAGUAUCUCGUAGAGAAUAGACUGCUGCGUCACGAUCCCCAGGAUGUGGCACAUUUCCUCUACAAGGGCGAGGGACUAAAUAAAACCGCCAUUGGCGAUUACCUUGGCGAAAAGAACGAUUUUAAUGAGGAUGUGCUGAAGGCCUUUGUGGCGCUCCACGAUUUUACCAAUCUCAUUCUAGUGCAGGCCCUCAGACAAUUUCUGUGGUCAUUUCGCUUGCCCGGCGAGGCGCAAAAGAUCGACCGCAUGAUGGAGACCUUCGCACAGCGCUAUUGCCAACUGAAUCCGGAUAUAUUCACCAACACGGACACCUGCUACGUGCUCAGCUUCGCCAUUAUAAUGCUCAAUACAUCGCUGCACAAUCCAUCGGUUAAAGACAAACCCACCGUUGAGCAAUUCAUAUCGAUGAAUCGUGGCAUCAACAACGGCGGAGAUUUGCCCCGCGGCCUGCUGGAGUCCCUCUACGAGUCCAUUCGAACGGAGCCAUUCAAAAUACCCCAAGACGAUGGCAAUGAUCUGAUGCACACCUUCUUCAAUCCCGACAAGGAGGGCUGGCUGUGGAAGCAAGGCGGCAGAUACAAAUCGUGGAAACGACGUUGGUUCAUUUUGAACGACAAUUGCCUAUACUAUUUUGAAUAUACCACCGAUAAGGAGCCGCGCGGCAUUAUUCCCCUUGAGAACAUAUCGGUGCGCGAGAUUCACGAUCGCAGCAAACCGCACUGCUUUGAGCUCUAUGCCUCUGGCGGUGCUGAGAUCAUUAAGGCCUGCAAGACUGACUCCGAGGGCAAGGUGGUUGAGGGCAAGCAUACGGUGUACCGCAUGUCCGCUGCCACGGAGGAGGACCAGCAGGAGUGGGUCAAGCGGCUGACGCAGUCCAUCAGCCACAAUCCGUUCUAUGACAUCCUAGUACAAAGAAAGAAGAAGGCGCUCAGCAACAGUUAAUAUUAAGAUAAAGCUCGGCGCAACUUUUGUCUUGGAUCUCAGUGAAACUCUGCUACGCGUGUGUGGCUGCUCUCUCUCCCCCUAUUUAAACAACAAGUGCAUAUGCAUAUACCCAAAUUAUAUAAUUAAACGUUGUGUGUGUGUGUGUGUAUCUGAGAAUUUCCAUGUUGAACCAAUGCCUGUAAUUUGUUCAAUACCCAAUUAUGUCUAUGUAUCCUGUUUGAUUGACUCGAAACAAGCCAUCACACGCCGAUGCACUCCGAACCACAAACUUUGUCUCUAUUGUUGUGAUAUAAUUUAUUUACAUUAAGCAAAACCAAUAUGAAUGAUAUGAAAAAUAACUGAAAAUUGCAUCAAUAAGAAAUACACAUUUAUAUACAUUUUCAUUAGUGCAAAUUUUUGUUUAGUUUCAUUAUAGACGUAACUCUACGAAUAUGUCUUUGAAUUAGCGUUUACCACCUAAGUUGUCCCACCACCCUCUAUUGUAGAAAUCCCUAGUGCUAUGAAACAUAUCCCAGCCGCCAAAACGCUGUUGGAACGCUGUAGUUUAUGUAAAUGAUUAUUCAAUGCAAAUGAAUACGGAAUUCAAAUGUUGCUUGGCAAUUAUUAUAAAACCAAUUACAUAAAGUAGGUGCAAGCUAAAAAAGGCCUUUCUGAGAACCUAAUGAUAAAGCUAACAACGAAUAAAAAAUGUAAAAAGUUAAACUGUCUAAUUAACAGAAACAAUACAUAAAUGCAUUUAGACUGCAAGCAGGUUUGACACAGAGAUUGUGGAAUAGGCAAACAUAGUUUAUAUUGAACCAAAGAUCUAAUUUAAACUAUUACUACAACAUGCCAAUUUCCAACUCUAAUGGACGCUUUCCUUAUAAGUUUAAAAAAUUUGUUUGUCCUUUGUAAGUGUUUUGAAAAUGCAUUUUAUGUCAACUUUGUUAACUUGAAUAAUGAGAAACGAUCCAACCGAAAAGUGUUCCAGCCAGAGUUGAUAUCACAUACAAUAAAUUUGAAAGA